AUGCAGAACCCAGACCAUCCCCAAGUUUUCGUAUUUCUGUUUGUUAUCACUUCCUUUAAUCUAUCUCUGUUUUUCUUCUUUUCCUUCUUCCCUUUUUUUUUCCGCUCUCUUUUUGCAAAUCUUUUUUCCAUCGCUUUAAUUUUAUUCUCGCUUUCUUUCUUUAUUUCUUCUUUCUUACUUUUUUUCUUUGAGUCUUUUUUCGCCUGUUCUAAUUUUUCUUUCCCUUUCUCUAAAUCUUUGACUGUUUUUCUUUAUUUCUUUCUUUCACGCACUGUUAUGGCUUUGUUAAUUUAUCUAUCUAUCUAUCUAUCUAUCUAUCUCAAUCUCUUCGUAUCUAUCUAUCUAUCUAUCUCAAACUCUUCAUAUCUAUCUGUCUAUCUAUCACAAUCUCUUUAUUUCUAUCUAUCUCAAUCUCUUCAUAUCUUUUUAUAUAUCUAUCUCUUCAUAUCUGCGUAUCUAUCUCAAUCUUUUCAUAUUUGUCUAUCAAUCCCUUCGUAUUUGUCUGUCUAUUCCUUCAUAUCUAUCUUUCCAUUGCUGCCUAUCUAUCUCAAUCUCCUCAUAUCUAUCUGUGUCUAUCUCAACCUCUUCAUAUCUAUCUCUUAA